AUGAAGGCCGCACGUGCUGUGCGUAUGCCGGGCGUCCAGGGCCCCAGCCUUCGGACACGCUCGCGACUGGUGAGCGGCACCAGUAACACCAAGUCCUCCGCCGCAUCGACUACGUUACUGGAUCCUCUGUCGCCGUCGUCCACCUCAUCGCCACCUCGCCGGGCGCUCAAAGCGCCUCUCGCCAAGCUCCCGCUCUCCUCAGUCUUGCGAUCUCUCUUGAUCCUUUCCGUAUCAUCUUCAUCCCUCCUCCUCAAGCCCUGCAUCUUCGCUCUGUCACAACUCGCGCAUCCCCGGUCAGCACUGCUGGAUGUCUCCAAGAACCCGCUGCUGAAUUUGAUCGUCAAGCACACCAUUUACAAACAAUUCAACGCCGGCGAGAACAAAGCCGAAGUACAACAGUCCAUUCAAAACAUCAAAUCUCUCGGGUGCCGCGGCGUGCUUUUGGGAUAUGCGCGCGAAGUCCUCGUGGGCGAAGGCCAGCAAGGUGCCCGCGAUGAGAAGGCGGCCCUGGCUGAGAUUCAGACAUGGUUGGACGGCACGCUUCGAACCGUCGACAUGGCCCAGGAGGGGGACUUUGUGGCCUUGAAAUUCACCGGAAUGGGCAACGACGCUUUGAGUCUGUUGCAGAAGCAGGCUGAUCCUACCCCAUUCAUGGACGAGUCGAUUCAAAAGGUCUGUGACCUGGCCAUCUCUCGCCGCGUACGUCUCCUCGUCGAUGCCGAAGAACAGGCUGUGCAAAAGGGCAUUGAGGCAUGGAUCAUGAAGUAUCAGAAAUACUGCAACUCUCAGACGCCCGGUCGUGCCAUCUUCUUCGGGACUUACCAGGCUUAUUUGCGUUCCACUGGCGAGACCUUGGCCCGUCACUUGGAGAUUGCUCGUCGGGAGGGAUACACUCUGGGUGUCAAGCUCGUCCGCGGUGCCUACAUGAAGACGGAGCCCCGUCACUUGAUCUGGGCCGCGAAGGAAGAAACCGAUCGUUGUUACGACGAGGUCGUCGAGGCUCUCCUCGCCCGCAGGUACAACUCGAUGCUGCAACGUCCCUCCCCCGACACUCCUGCCGAACUGCCUCCUGUCAAUCUCAUCAUUGCAACCCACAACCGUGAAUCCGUUCGCAAGGCUCACGCGAUCCGUGUGCGCCAGGCUGCUCGUGGCGAGGACCACGGUGUCGACCUGAGCUACGCUCAGCUCCAGGGUAUGGCGGAUGAGGUCAGCCUGGAGCUUCUGGAGGGCUUCGAGGAUGCCGAGGCUGAGGUUGGCAUGAGCCCUAUUGCUGCCCCCAAUGUCUUCAAGCUUCUGACCUGGGGCUCCGUGCAAGAGUGCAUGGGCUUCCUGUUGCGGCGCGCUGUGGAGAACACCGAGGCUGUUGGCCGUACCAAGGACUCCCAGAUCGCCAUGAUCAAUGAGUUGAAGCGCCGCUGCCGCAACGUCUUCGGAGGAAACCACUAA